GUCUUUUCACUGAACCUUCUCUCUCGCCGUCGACACUUUGACAGCAGUGUUUGGUAACUUCUCGAACAUGGGGGCACGGGUUGUGCGUAUGUUCAGAAAUUUCAACCUAGAGAACCGGGUACACCGAGAAAUCUCCAGGGAGAAGCCGCUGCCAGCACCCCGACACGCGGCCGCCCCCCGCCCGCCGCCGCCGCCGCCGCCGCCUCUGAAGGUGACGGAGACUGUGAACCAGAAGAACGACCCCCUGCUGGCCCUCCUCAGGACGGUGUAUGUGCAGUCCACAGACCCAGCAGCAGCAGCAGAGGCAUCGAAGGACGUGCCUGUAGCAGAGCGGCGGCCGUUGAAGUUCAGUUUACCAGUGGCCCCAUAUGGUAUGGUGGAGCUCACAGACGUCCCUAAAGGCAAACUGACCAUCGCAGAGGCUCUGAAGGCCCUGGGCGGCCACCAGCAGCAGCCUCAGACGUGGACGCCGGAAAAGAUCGCUCAGGAUUAUUCUCUGGACUUGAAAGACACAAAAGAUCUUCUGGAGUUCUUCAUCCCCUUCGAGGUCAAAAUCAUACCGCCCAAGACUGAAAAUGCCAAGCAGAUAAAUAGUUCUUAGGACUGGAUUAUUUGUGAAUGGUAAACAAUAGGAUGUUACUUGAUUUAUUUAUGUAUGUCAAUAAUAAAACACAUUGGGACAGUCAUCAGAUUGAGACUGAUAAGGCAGAGUUUCUCAAGCCUGGGAUUUGGACCUUAUGUGGGGUUGUUUGAUAUGUAGAUGGAAUCAUGGGAUAUGUCUAAUAUUUGUGAAACAAACUAAGAAAUUAAAAUAAUACAAUGAAUAAAUACGUACAAAUAUUUUCUGUUAAGAAUGGAUUCUUUAUGAUCCAUCUGAAGAUUCCUCUGAUAUGUAAUAGAAUACAAACAUAUUCAUACAUUCUCAUGAGAUUAGUGGUUUCUUGCACUGGGGCCAAAGGUCCACAAAGGGUUGAGAGACCCUGCUUUAAAGGAAUAGUUCAUCAUUUUGUGGAACACACUUAUUAUCUGUUCCUUCUGAGAGUGAGAUGAGACGAUUGAUACCAGUCUGAUGUCUGUGUGUUCGUACGGAGCUGGAGCCACGAGGAGGUUAGCCUAGCUUAGCAUAAAGAUCGCCAGGAAGAAAUAAUUCAAGCGCAUAACUUCCUCUAAAACAACAAAUUAGGAUUUUAAAAGGUUUUUUUGUAUACAGAUUAUAAUGAGACAGUAUUUUUUUUUACUUUGAACAGAACCAGGCUAGCUGUUUCCCCCUGCUUCCAGUCUUUAUGCUAAGCUAGGCUAACCACAUCCCGACUCCAGUUCCAAGUAAGCUUUCUUACCAAACUGUUGGACUGUUGCCUUUAUGGUAUAGAAGACUAUAUACCCUGUAGUAUCUGUCCAGUGAAAACAGCAUUGUCUAGAAUUCAUAGCCAUUUAUUUCAGUAUGAUUCAACAAUGAUCUGAAAGAUUCUCAGUUUGAAGCUGUUAGCAUCAGCAGUCCUUAAAGUGUAACUAAACCCAUAAAUUCUGCCAGCUCCCUCCCUAUCAGCAAGAUGGAAAAAUAAGCCCGGCUGAUAUGAGCUUCUCACAGGUAUAUCUGUAUUAGUGUGUUUGUGGGUCAAUAAAUUAGAAAUGGAAGCAGAGAAAGUGGAAUGGAAUUCAGCCAUCAUUCAUUUGAUUAUUUACUUUUCCUACUGGGCAAAAGGCCCAUAGAGUGUUUCCACAGCAGCCGUUGUGAAAUGAAAUAGUAGGGUAAACACAGACCAAAGGUAAGCGGUCAAAAGGACAGAUUCAACUUUAAAUGAUGAGAAAAGUCAAAUAACAAUGCUAAUGUCUGCCUGCGUCCGUCAGGCUCAUUUAUGUGGGAACAAAUGUGAAAUGUUUGUGUGUGACUUAUUUUGCAUGAGCUGAACAGCCUGAUGGGAAAGCAUUGAUAGUCAUAACUCAUACAGCACGGGGGGAUGCACAGAGCAGGAAGACAGGAACCUCUGAUGACUCAAUGAUCAACCCAUGAUCAUUCAGAACGUUUAAACAUCUUUUUUUUGUCAAAUAUUUGGGAGCCUCCUGUUGUCUCACUGGGACGGACUCUGCCUUUAUGUACGUGGUUUCAAGAAGCAGCCAGUGGUGGACUGACGGAAGCUUUAAAACGUAUAAUAUCAGAAUGAUCCUGUGGCCCUUAAACCUAUCCGCUGCACAUACGCACACUUCUUUAAAGGUUUAUUUGAUCUUUUAUGUUAUUUUAGCAGUUGCAUCCUUUAUUGAAUGUGGUUGUACGGGUUGUUCCUCAUUAAAGUCCCACAUGUUAAUCUCC